AUGCUGCUUCUUCGCCAAUCGACCCAGGCGCUCCGUGCUGCCGCAACCACAUCAUCGAGCGCACGAUGGGUGUCCACCUCGUCUGUUCUGCGCAACACAGCUCAUCCCAACACCUCGCCAGCACCCAUCAAGCGUACCGACAACCAGGGCCGAGACCUUGCUGCCGAGCAGGUCAAGCGCCACGAGCAGGCCGUUACUGCUGAUCUUGUUAGCGGCGCACCGGAGGAGCUGAACCAGCGUACAGUCCGCAUCUUCCGCCCUGCCAAGACGGCCAACUCGUCCGGCAAGGCAGGCACCAAGGUGUGGCGUGUCGACUUUGAUAUCCUCCAAGGCUCCGCACGAUGGGAGAACCCUUUGAUGGGCUGGGCUUCUUCAGGCGACUACCUGCAGGGCACAUCGCUCAAGUUUCGCUCCAAGGAAGACGCAAUCCACUUUUGCGAGAAGCAAGGCUGGGACUACCACGUGACAGAGCCCAAGGUGGCACGCAUCCCACCCAAGAGCUACGCUGCCAACUACAACUACAUCCCCGGCAAGCUGAGGAUUCACCACACAAAGUAG